AUGGCUCUGCAAGUACUUGGUGGGCUCGUCCUCCUGGCUUCACCCUCGCUCAGAUCGCACACCAAAUCUUCAAGCGGUACAAGGCCUACUCCAUUCGCGCGCACCUUGUCCUCCGCUGGUAUCCACUCGCGCGCCACCCCGGUGCUUGGGACGGAGCUGCCGAAGCGGUGGAUGGCGUGCAUCGGCUUGGGCGGGUACGAGUAUCUGUAUAUCUGCAGGUCGGACGAACAGUACGGCGAGGUCGUUUGUUUUGGCCCGAAGGAGCUGUCUAAAUGA